GGUGGAUAUGAAGGUUGGAUCUUCGGUGUUUCUUCUCCUGUUGCUGGUGGAACUAUCUCCGACUUUGGGCCGGCGAAAAUCAAUUCAUGCACCUGGAAGGAAAUGUCGUGGUGGAGGAAUUUGUAGAUAUAAAAUACAUGAACAAUCGUCUCGGCCAGUGAAUCUUCAACUUUGCGGCAAUGAUAUUAUAAAAGCCUUCACAAACAUUUGUAGACUGGGGGUUAAACGAAAGAGAAAGCGAGGUAAAUAAAUAUGACCAGAUUGGCCAUCAUGAUAUUUAUGCACACGAUUUCCACACGGGUGGUUCGUGCAAAUGGUAAUCAACCAGAUCUUAUCUCGUACAUACAGUCGAACCUCCAUGUGCGACCAUCUCCCAUAAGCGACCACCGCCCAUAAGCGACCGCCAAUCCAAAACACCAAAAAGUUAUUAUUAUUAUUAUUAUUAUUAUUAUUAUUAUUAUUUUCCCAGACAAAAGCUUACAGUUGGAACCUCUAGUAAAUGAGCGACCCCUUCCUGUAAGCGACCGCGACCACUUUUUGGGCCUUACUGUUAACGAUUUUCCUUUGUUUUUAACCUCUUAUAAGCGACCACUUGUCGAAUUCUCUGAUCUCUAUUUUCGCUGUGUGCAUUAUGUUACUUAAAAUAUACGAAGAACUGAAGUGACAGCAUGGAAUUAUAUAUAUCCUAACUUAGACACUGCAUGCAAUAAAUUACCUUCCAUAAAGUAGAUGUGCGUGAACCUCUUCUCGGAAGAGACCUCCUGUGGUUCGAUUCUUGUAAACGACCACCUCCCAUAAGCGACCGCUCAGUAUUUGCAUUUUGGGUGGUCGCUUACGGGAGGUGCGACAGUAGAUUAGACGGCUCACUGGCAUCUGACCGUGGGAGAACUGGGUAGGAGAUAAAUGUUAAUACUUUCCAACGUCCCAGUCUUUUUCAGUGCAUAGAAUCAAAUGCCGGGAUUUUGUUCAUCCGUUUCCAAGAGAAGGAAAUUCCUUUAGAAAUAAAGGAGCAGCUUUCAUAAAGUGAAAGGACCCGUUUAUUCAUGAUGUUCGUUAACAAAGACUUCUGAAACUGUUACCAGGGACAGGGAAAAAAUUGGCCGACAGCUGACCGGCACGUUUCCAGUAACGAUCCCAGCCUGAAACAAUUACGGGACGCAUUUCGGCUCCGUUUUCCUUUUUGUCACUAAAUGGGCCAAUCGGAUAGCUGGAUUCAACUAUCUGUGUUGUGAUUGGUCAUAGUUCCGCUGCGAAUCCUUGCUGACGUUUUUUUUUUUAGAAUUUUGUUUAAAUGUUAUAAAGGCUCUUUUAGAAAGGGCAUCAAUGCAAGGCAUUAUAAAUUCUUUCUAUAAGUCAUUGAAGAUGAUUUAAAUUAUCAAUAACUUUGAGAUUUUCCUUGCCCACAGAUAUCAGCGUUGACCUGAUCAUUCAAACGAAGAAUGAAGCCCAAGAUUUUCUCUCACUGACGAGAAGAAGAAAAAGAUCCUCGACUGAUGUGAUUGAAGAAUGUUGUGGCGAGUGGUGUAGAGUAGAGGAGCUUAGAGAAUAUUGUCCUUGAACAGGAGAAGGCGAUUAAUAAAUGUCGAUUCUAGGCGGAGC